AUGUUCCUUCUUGUCAGGUAUGGCUUCAAAAACGUGGUUAUACCGGCCGACAUCUUGCACAGCAACCCCGAUAUCUGGCCAUUUGAUCCUCUAAUGGAGCAGGUUUACAAGGAUACGGCGCGACCAUUACCGAAACCCGUUUGGGAUGGGAAGAUGAAGCUAGAGGAUGCCCUCAAAAUUGAUGCCAUCUUCGUCUUCAAUGACCCUCGAGACUGGGCGCUAGAUUCUCAAAUAAUCAUGGACUUGAUGAUGUCCGAAGGAGGGGUCGUAGGUUCGCUUUCCCAUAAGAACGGGGCGGACGGAGCACCAAACGGAGGCUGGCAGCAACACGAACAGCCUCCGCUCUACUUUUCCAAUCCAGACGUCUUCUGGGCCACUACGUACCACCAGCCCCGCUUGGGCCAGGGUGCCUUCCAAGCUGCGCUGGCUGGCAUCUGGCAUAAGAUCACGAACGGACAGACGUUGCAAAGCAAGACGAUUGGCAAGCCUUUUCGGGAAACUUAUGAGUAUGCUGAGAGAGUUCUCAACAGCCACCGCCAAGAAGUACUCGUGCGCGGAGGCCAUGGGGUGAAACGCUCCCGGAGCUCUGCCAUGUCUAUAUGGUCGGAGACAAUCCCGAGAGCGAUAUACGCGGCGCCAACGAAUACCAAAGCCCCUUGGGAACCUACUGGCAGUCUGUUCUUGUCCGAACCGGUGUUUGGAGACCUUCCCGGGGAAAACGACGGGCCCCGUUCGGUAUGA